UAUACGGGUAAAAUAGUCCCGGGUCCUGCUUUUUAAUCAGGGCUCACCGUCGUCCAUCCACGAAUCACGAUCUCCCCCCCGCCUCCUCUCUCUCUCUCUCUCUCUGAUCGAUUCCUCCAGGUCCAGGAUUUGGGCAUCGGGAUCUGUUCUCCGUGCGAGAAGAUGUACGGAUUCGAAGCACUCACCUUCAACAUUCACGGAGGUUACCUGGAGGCCAUCGUCCGGGGCUACCGGUCGGGGUUGCUCACCGCCGCCGAUUACAACAAUCUCUGCCAAUGCGAAACCCUAGACGACAUCAAGAUGCACCUCUCUGCCACCGAGUACGGUCCCUACCUCCAGAAUGAACCUUCCCCGUUGCACACAACUACAAUUGUGGAGAAAUGCACUCUUAAACUGGUUGAUGAGUACAAGCACAUGCUAUGCCAAGCCACAGAGCCAUUGUCAACCUUUUUAGAAUAUAUCACAUAUGGUCACAUGAUUGACAAUGUUGUACUGAUUGUUACUGGAACCUUGCAUGAAAGAGAUGUCCAGGAACUGUUAGAGAAAUGCCAUCCUUUGGGCAUGUUUGACAGUAUUGCUACUCUAGCAGUCGCACAGAAUAUGCAAGAGCUAUAUCGACUGGUCCUUGUUGACACUCCUUUGGCUCCAUACUUCUCUGAGUGUAUCGCAUCUGAGGACUUGGAUGACAUGAACAUUGAGAUAAUGAGAAAUACUCUUUACAAGGCAUACCUCGAGGAUUUCUACAGGUUUUGCCAGAAACUUGGUGGUGCCACUGCAGAGAUAAUGUCUGACCUCCUUGCCUUUGAGGCUGACAGAAGAGCUGUUAAUAUCACCAUAAACAGCAUUGGCACUGAGCUUACUCGAGAUGACCGCAAGAAGUUAUACUCGAGUUUUGGCUUGCUUUACCCCUAUGGUCAUGAAGAGCUUGCUGUCUGUGAGGACGUAGAUCAGGUUCGUUCUGUGAUGGAAAAAUACCCCCCUUAUCAGCCCUUGUUUGCCAAAUUAUCCUAUGGAGAGAGCCAGAUGCUUGACAAGGGAUUCUAUGAAGAGGAGGUGAAGAGGCUUUGCUUAGCAUUUGAGCAACAGUUUCACUAUGGCGUGUUCUUUGGAUACAUGAGGUUGAGGGAGCAGGAGAUCAGGAACCUGAUGUGGAUAUCGGAAUGUGUGGCUCAGAACCAGAAGUCUCGAGUACAUGACAGUGUUGUCUUCAUAUUUUAGUUCACCUAGCCCUUAAAUCACACCACACCGCCCCCACCCAAAAAAGAAAAAAAGAAAAGAAAUCUUUUGAUCCCUGCAGGAUGCCCUAGUUCCUGGAAUAAGUUUUAUCCAUAUGUUAAUUGGUUAUUUGGAGAGAAAUAUUGCAUGCAAGUUCAUCAGUGUAUGUUGAAUAUGAAUUCGAAUAAGUGUAUCAAUAUCUGGUUUUAGGUUUUGGUUAAAGGGAAGUUUGUCGAUAUCAUCAUCGAAGGAGGAAGUUGUGAUUCCUGAACUCGAGUAUUUACUGGAGCGUUUUGUUGAUUGACUGCUGCUGGAGUGUGAAGGGUCCAUUGAUUCAUGUUUGUCACAAUCCUUUUGACAGUGAUAUGAAGCUCACUUGAAAGUGAGGCUGAGAUAGUCUUAUGUAAUUAUGGUGCUUGUUGCUAUGCUAAGCUAUACAAUGCCUAGUGAUUGUGGCAGAAACUAUGAUGUGGAGUUGAGCAUGCAAAUGGAUUUGGAAGCUCCUCCACUUUGUGUUAUUUAAGGAUAGAGAUGUUUACGUUUGUUUUA